GGAUCAGAUGCUGGAACAUCAGCCCACAGAAACACAGAUACAGUCAUGAGUCCCUCAGUGCGCUUACAGGAAAUGAUCCGAGUCAUCCGAAGUGCCCGGACACAAGGUGAGGAGAGGGGCAUCAUCCAAAGAGAGUGUGCGGAUAUCCGAGCCCAGUUUCGCCAGGGUGACAAUGGGGAGCGUUCGCACAGCCUGGCAAAGCUACUCUACGUGCACAUGCUGGGCUACCCUGCACACUUCGGCCAGAUGGAGUGUGUACGUCUGAUUGCCAGCCCCAGGUACAGCGAGAAGCGGAUUGGUUACCUGGGAGCCAUGAUGCUCCUAGAUGAGAAGCAGGAUGCUAGUUUACUGAUUACCAACUCUAUCAAGAAUGACCUUUCCCACAGCAGUCAGUAUGUUCAGUCUCUGGCUCUAUGCACUCUGGCCUGCAUGGGCUCAGCUGAGAUGUGUCGGGACCUGGCACCAGAGAUCGAGCGGCUCCUCAGGGCCUCUAAUUCUUAUAUCAAGAAAAAGGCCACGCUGUGUGCCGUUCACAUAAUAAGAAAGGUCCCAGAGCUCGCAGAGCUGUUUACUCCUUCAGCAAGGACUCUGCUCUCUGAGAAGAACCAUGGGGUUUUGCAUGGGGCUGUAGUUCUUAUCACUGAAUUGUGUGUGCGUAAUCCUGACACUCUUGAUCGGUUCCGCAAGGCUGUUCCUGAGCUGGUUCAGAUUAUGAAAGGUCUUGUGACAUCCAGUUAUUCUCCUGAGCACAAUGUAGCUGGUAUCAGUGACCCUUUUCUACAGGUUCGCAUUCUUAGAUUGCUAAGAAUCCUGGGUCACAAUAAUGACACCGCUAGUGAUGCCAUGAAUGACUUGUUGGCACAGGUGGCUACAAAUACAGACAGCAGUAAGACUGCAGGCAGUGCUGUGCUAUAUGAAACAGUCCUAACUAUCAUGGACAUCAACUCAGAGAGUGGGCUUAGGGUGCUAGCUGUAAAUAUUCUUGGCAGAUUUCUACUUAAUAAUGACAGGAAUAUUCGUUACAUUUCAAUGACAUCUCUCCAGAAGAUUGUACAGACGGACCACAAUGCAGUGCAGCGGCACAGAGGCACCAUUGUAGACUGUCUGAAAGAUCAAGACACUUCAGUGAAACGUCGUGCAUUGGAACUGUCACUUGCCCUUGUGUCUGCCGUGAACGUUCGCUCAAUGAUGAAAGAGCUCCUCAUUUUUCUUUCAGUCUGUCCCCCAGAGCUUCGAUCUCAAACUGCUUCUGGCAUCUUCAACGCUGCUGAAAGGUAUUCCCCUUCUAAGCGCUGGCACAUUGAUACCAUCCUGCAUGUACUCACCAAGGCAGGGGGCGAUGUAAGAGAUGAGACUGUACCCAACCUAAUCCAGCUCAUCACUACUGCAUCUGAGCUCCACUGUUACACUGUUCACAAACUCUACAGAGCACUUGUAAAAGAUAUUGCACAGCAAUCCUUGGUCCAAGUUGCAUGCUGGUGUAUAGGAGAGUAUGGAGACCUGCUGCUGAAGGGCGAGUGUGAGGAGAUUGAGCCUGUGCAGGUUACUGAGGAUGACGUCCUGGAUGCCUUGGAAACAGUUCUACAGUCUCACAUGUCUUCACCGGCAACCAGAGGAUUCGCACUUACUGCUACCAUGAAGCUGAGCACUCGUAUCACAGACAAUGUCGACCGAAUCAGAAGUAUUGUCAGCAUUUAUGGCAGCUGCAUUGACCUGGAACUUCAGCAGAGAGCAGUUGAAUAUAAUGCACUCUUCAAGAAAUAUGACCACAUGAGAGCUGCGGUAUUGGAGAGAAUGCCUGUGAUGGACAAAAACUCACCAGGCCACACUAAUGGAGAAACACCAGGAGAGAUUAAAGAGCCUGACACAUCCAAACCCAAACCAGUUGAAGCAGGUUUGCUCUCAGAACCAGCAAGCCAGGUGUGUGACCUUUUGGAUCUCUUGGGUGGGACAGACACACCUCUUCAGCCCAGCCCUGCCCCAACCAGCACUCCAACAACUACCUCUAGCGCAGAUCUUCUCGACCUGCUGGGAGGACUGGAGCUGACACCAGUUCCCACUGUGUCAGUCUAUGAGAAGAAUGGAUUGAGCCUGAAGAUCCAAUGUGACAAACAAACAGAAACCGAGGUCGUGAUCAACCUUAUUGCCUCUAACUCUACUCAGACUGACAUCACCAACUUCACUCUUCAAGCAGCGGUACCAAAGAGUGUUCAGCUGCAAAUGAAGGCUCCGAGUGGUACUGUGAUUCCAGCACAUGGUCUUGGUCAAGUCACACAGACUGUUUUACUUAACAACCCUAACAAGGUCAGCCUUAAGAUGAGGAUCCGUGUGUCUUACUCAAAUCAGGGUGCAAUGCAUCAGGACACAGUACAAAUUGACUCCUUUCCUAGCACAGCCUGUCAGCCAUCAAUCAGCCCUUUGUGACAGACCUACACUUGUCCAG